AUGAAUUAUCUUCCUGCUUCUGUAAGGAUGAAAAUCUCCUUUCUAAACAUAUUGCUCUGUUUAUCUUCGAUUCGCUUGGGUCACUGUGUUUGGAGCAUUGAUGAUGGCAACAUUAUAUCCGAUUCUCACUAUGAGGGACCAGAUACAGAGAAGCAAAGGGAGAAAAGGCAAUUGUUAUCUGCAUCGAACCCGUCUGAAUAUCUGUUAUAUACCGAUAUCCUGGUAGAAGGAUACUCCGCAAAUGCAGCUGAGAGCUAUAUCACAACACAAAUAGUGCCCAUAACCUUCGCCAUCAAUUCUACAACAAGCGUCAAUAUUAUCCGGGUUAAUAUUACUACGGAGUGCAAUGUCACAGAUACGGUUAAGUCUUGUGCUUGCAAACCAGGCUACAAAUGGAAUAUUACAGUGUGCUAUACAUACCAAGCCUGUAACAACUCCAACUCCUUCUGCUCGUGUCUCAUUGUUCUGGAUGAUAAUAUUCCCUUUUGUGAGCAGCAGAUAAUUGUAACUGCAAAGAAUGUUACCCUAAAAGGAGCAUUUACUUUUAAUAAAACAUUUACAACAGAUCUCCAAGACCCAACCAGCCAACUCUACAAAGCAAUGGAAUAUAAUAUUACACUGGCCCUCCUCAAUGCUUAUGCAGCAAACUCUAAUCUCUUGGAAGUGUCAGUGGCUGGAUUCAGCCCAGGAAGCAUCAUUGCAAACUAUAAGAUGAUCGUAGCAGGUUCUAUAUCUUCUCAGCUACUUGCAGCAAAUAAUCUGGCAGCCACGCAGUCCAUUCCCACUGUCGUUUCAUCUCAAAUGUCAUCAUCAGGAAUCGCCUCCAUUCGCCCCCAGGAUCUCCAGGUAAAAUACUGGGAUACAUUUCAGCUGACCUGUCAAAUCAGCGAUACAGUGACGGAUGUGAAAUGGAGUCUUAUUAACGAUAACACCAGCGAAGACAUCUACACCGGAGGAGGGAAUGUCAAGAUUUCCAAUAUGUUUCAAUCAGCUAAUGCAACUUCAACACUCACAGUUUACAAGGCAGACCAGUAUUGGCAUGGAACGUACAUCUGCCAGUUUUUCAACAGCAGUUUGGUUCAUGAAGCCAAAUCCCAAGUAAAUGUUACCCUUCUUCCCACUGAGAUUAUUGUCAACCCCAUUCAGAUGAGCCUGUCCCCUGGAGACAUGUCCCAGCUCGUAUUAGAAUGCUGUGUGUCGUUUGACUUGGAAGUAUAUAAUGUUACGUGGGUGUACAACAGUGUAACUCGAAUUGCACAACUUGGUAAGAGGACUGACUUAGAGUGUUAUUCACUGAUUCCUCCUACCCCGGCUGCUAACACGAAUUACACCUGUAUAUUUACUAACACGGCUGGACAAACAAAAGAUAAUUCAAUUUCCAUCACUGUUAUUAAAGCUGAAGACCUAUUUUGUAAGAUAAAUGUGAGCAACAGUAUUAGCUGGAAUGUCACGAAAGCUGGUGUUACAGCUGUGUCAAACUGUCCAAGUGGAAUGAGUGGGACUGUAAGUCGAACCUGUUCACCAAGCGGAGUGUGGAUGGAUGUGGAGGAUAACUGCAUUAGCCAGCUUCUACAGAACGUGCUACAAAAUGCACAGACGUUGGAUCAAGGCCUUGGAGAUUCUCAAGUAGUAGUCCCGGAAAUAAUUAAACAAUUAUCCAGUCCCAAUGGAACACGUAUCACCAACACAGCAGAAGUGUCAGCCAUAGUGGACAUUCUUCAAACUGUCUCAAAGGUGUCAUUGAAUGCAAACAACUCAUUUGGUAUCAAUGUUAUAGCAAAUUUCCUCACUAUUGCAAGUAACCUCACAGAUCCAUCCUACUCAUCGUUUUGGAAUCAGGGUUCCAGUCCUCGUACUUCACAACUCUUGAAGUUGGUAGAACGUUUUAAUAUGUUGUUGGAUGCUGACAAUGCAACAUUUCAAAUAUUCCUGCCAAAUAUCCAACUGAAAGGCAGUUCAUACUCAAAAGGAACCUCAGUGGCUAAUUAUGAGAAGACAUUUGAUUUAGACCUUGAUGUCAGUAUGUCAAUAGAAAAGCAGACUAUCUCGUCACUGCUUGGCCAGAAUGAUGUGACCAUUACAAGUGUGGUAAUGAGCACAAUUGGAAAUCUCUUACCCACAAACACCAGCAAAUUUAACAGUCCCCAGUUAAACAGCAUAGUUCAGUCCACUGCUAUAAAGCUGUCAGACUCUGGCUAUUUUUCCACCGAUAUUGUGAUGAUGUUUGAAAUUAACACCACAAAUGAUAAAUAUUCGCAGCACUGUGUAUUCUGGGAUUUCUCUGAUCCAGAUUCAGGAGGACGUUGGUCAGAUGCCGGCUGCACAUCUAAUGUGAAACAUAAUAAAACCUACUGCAGCUGCAACCAUUUGACUUCCUUCGCCGUGCUGAUGUCCAUAAGUGUAGAAGCAUUGGCUUCAAUAGAAGAGAUUACGUUGGCCGGGCUUGGAGUGUCCAUACUUUCUCUUUGCAUCUGUAUUUGUGUUGAAUCAUUUGUCUGGAAAUCUGUUGUGAGAACCAACAUCUCUUAUUUCCGACAUCUCUCUCUGGUCAAUAUUGCUUUGUCCUUAAUGAUUGCUGAUGUCUGCUUCUUGACAGCUGCAUUUCCAUCCAUCAUAACUCAUAGCUACGUUUGCCUAGCCAUAACAAUUUUAAACCAUUUUUUCUACCUGUCCCUGUUCUUCUGGACCUUCUGUCAAAGUCUAAUGCUUCUACACCAACUCCUCUUUGUUUUUCAUCACCUAAGAAAAAGGGUUUAUAUUUCCUUUGCCUAUUUCAUGGGAUAUUUCAUCCCGGCAACCAUAGCAGUGGGUACUUUUUUAUAUUUUACGCCAAAAGGUAGAUACAUGAAUGAAAGUGUAUGCUGGUUAAACUCAAACACUGGAGCUAUUUAUGCAUUUGCUGUGCCAGCAGGAUCAAUCAUCGUGUUUAAUUUUAUCACACUGGUGGUAGUCAUCUCCAAGUUGUCACGACCCUCAGUCUCGGAUGCCAACCAUCCAGAAGACAGGGAAACAGCUAAAAGCAUUGUCAAGGCGAUAGUGGUUUUAACACCUGUUUUUGGACUAACUUGGGCUUUUGGAUUUGCGUUGUUAACUGAUCUUGAUAACCUCACUAGAAAAGUAUUCACGUAUGCAUUUUCGGGAAUGAACGCUUUUCAGGGAUUCUUCAUAUUACUGACGUGUCUCACAGAAAGAAAGGUGAGAGAGGCCCUCUGCAGCAAGGAAUCGUCAACUACAUCAUCAACAACCACCCUGAAGUCCGUAUCUGAAGUCCAGAGUAAAACAAGCUCUUCUGUGAAAAAAGAAAAAUAA